AUGGAAGCCUUGGUCUGUGCAUUUUCUGAGCUGCGCAUAAGAGAAGGUGCCGGGCUGCAGGGAGGAUCGGCAGGAAGAGAGAUGGACUCCUGUCCCCACCUGGACCCAAAGCCGUGGGGUGGCCUCAGGGACAUCCCAUCAUGUGAGCUGGUCUCAGAGGCAUGUGACCGUACCCUCCCCUCACGGCUGCUGUGGGGGGCUGGCCACCACCCUCCCGCUGUCUCCUCUGCAGAUGCAGUGAGCCAGGCCCAAGGACGUCCCGGCCACCCCGACAUACCCCCCAACAUCUACGAGGGGGGCCUGGGGUCCCCGCAGCCGCAGUGCCCCAGUGCCCAGGGAAGCAAGCCCAAGAACUUCCGGCUGCGCCACCUCCGGGGCCUGGGCCUCUACCUGGAGAGCCACCUGCCACCCGCUGGCCAGUGUGAGAGCCACUGGCUGAGCCGGCUCAUGGCUGGGGGCUGCCUGCCACAGUCUGAGGGCACAGCCUGGGCCCUGGACCUGCCACAGGGGACUCUGGGCCCAGGUAACAGCCUCUGCUCAGCCCUUCUGGAAGCCCGAUUGCCCAGGGACAGCUUGGGAAGCAGUGCUUCCAGUUCCAGCAUGGAACCAGACAAGGGUGCCCUCCCCAAGCCUGGUCCUUCUGAGGGCUUCGGACUCAGGCCCAAGAGGUCCUGGGGGGCCUGGGAAGAGGCCAUGUGUCCCUUGUGCAAGAGAACCCGCUCCGGGGCCCUGGAGAGGCUAUAGGGAUCCCAAGUGCCAGUAUUGGGGACAGGAGGGGACGGAUGGCCUAGGAGGCAGCCCGAGCAGGAGGGGCUCAGCUCCCGGCAAUGGCCCUGCCACAUGGGGUGGCCCAGGCAGUGGCCCAGCGCCCAGGCCUGGGCCUCGGGAGAAUGUGAUGGGGAGUGGGAGGAGGAGGAGGUCCCGAGGGAGGGGCAGAAGCAAUAGAAGCAUGGCCAUGCCCUUGCAGCCCGCUCAGACUCCAGUCAGCCACUUGUACCUGGGAGGCUGGGCUGAGUGGAGAAUCAGGCCCCCUGCCUCCUACCUGAGAGGCCGGGGAGCCCACAGGUCUGAUCUCAAUAAAAGCCAAGGCCUGCA